AUUACAGAUAAAGCAAUUUUCACUUUAUCUAUUUCAGACUGUGCCGAUGUAUUCAAGCGUCACAAAGUUUCAGGGGUUUACUAUGUGACACCAUCGUAUGCACCAUGUCCAAUACCAGUCUGGUGUGACAUGGAUACCACACUCGGAGGCUGGCUGCUCAUCCUGAAACGUUACAAUGGUCUACUCGAUUUCAAGCAACUUUGGGAUGACUAUAAGCAUGGUUUUGGCAAUGUUGCGGAUGAAUAUUACCUUGGAAACGACAACAUAUUUUUAAUCAGUAAUCAACGUUAUUAUGAACUUCGUAUCGACCUGUGGGACUUUACCGGAAACCGUGUUUAUGCUCUUUAUAAAACAUUUAGAAUCGAUGGUGAACGAGACAAUUAUAGGCUUCAUAUUCAUGCGUAUGAAGGAAGUGCUCAAGACUCGUUGAAAUCCCAUAAUCAUGUGAUGUUUAGUACGCCCGACCGUGACAAUGACGAAUAUCAAGGUUAUAAUUGUGCAAGAGAAUGGAUGGCCGGUUGGUGGUUCAACAACUGCUGGUUCUCUUUCUUAACCGGACCAUACUAUAACAUAUCUAAAGUGCGUUACCGUGGAAUUUCAUGGAAUGACUGGAAACAUGAACAAUUAGCAAGAGUAGAAAUGAAAAUACGUCCCAGUAGAAUAGUUCCACCAAAUCGUGAAAUUCAAAACACCGUCAAUAAAGAGGAUUCCGACGACAUUAAAAGCAAAGGGGACUUUAAAAACAAGCAAAGAGGAGACUGAAAACUAUACAAUGCUCAAACAAACAACCCAAAAUCAAAUAUUUAUGUAUAUAUAUAUCUAUACAUACAUUAUUUUUAUAAAACUUUUAACUUUUGUACUAAACAUUGCCUCAUUACAUAAAUGAUGAAUGUACAAAUGCAUUUAGAAGAUAGUGCAAAAGAUAUGGAUGGUUUUAUAAGACACUUAACUUAAUGAUAAACAUUAAGUAUUGACAGUUGACUGCUUUAUGGUUCUUCAUUUACAAUUCUAAAGAUAACAUCAUAAAAGUUCAUAAAGUUCGGUGUCAAGUCAACUUAAUGUAACAAAGUUAUGCAAACUUUACAUUGACUUGUUGCAUCAAAAAUACACGCCAUUACAAAAUAAUUCAAUCAUGCAGCUGCACUAAGUAUAAAAUAAGAUUUAAAAAAAAUAAGAAAUAACAGAAAAAUAAUCAAAUGGAUGCAAUAGAAAAUUUCUCGGCAAAAUGAAAUUUAAAAUUGCCGAACAAUUUUCAUAUUAAAGUAGGCGGAGUUUAUUAUAGUUGUGACCAAUGGCGGAAUCAAAAUUGUACAUAAUGUGUGCGCUUAAAUGGCUUUAUGACAAAUAAUAAUCAUUGCAGCUUCCUAAAAAUACAUUACAUGCUCAGUGAAAUAAAUGUUCCUAUUUCAUAGUCUGGAUUUAGAACAAUUUCCAGCAUUAUGAUUAUAAAACAUUUAUUCAUGGCGAUAUUUAAGUGGGUAGCUAUUGUAACUUUGUGUAGAUGGAGUAGCCAUUACAAUGGUCUCCCAUUGAGGCGAAAAUGUUGUACAAAACGUGACUAAUUAAUUUAAUGUCUCUAAAAACAAAUAAUGUCCAUUUUAAUAUGUAAAGAAAAAAACAUUUCAAGGGUAGGCUGCAAUUUAGCUGCAUAGUUAACUUAAAUUAGCAGAACAUGAACAAUCUCACGUAAUUUGGCCAUGAAAUAUGUUUCUGAGUUACUCAACAUUCUUUAAAGCUGCACGCCUCCAGCUGAGCAAAAAUAUUUCGAUAAAAUCAAACCUGAGAAAAAUGUACUAAGAUUUUAGGAAAGGUAUAAAGAUUCAAUAUUCUAGUAAAAAUGUACAUGUUAUAUGCGAUUAAUGACUGAAUUUUUUAGUAUGUAUAACUAUAUUUAUAAUACGUUACUAAUGCAGUUAGGGCUAUUUUUGCAUAUUUUGGCCUCUUUUAAAG